GCAUCCACUGCUGACUUCUGACCCAUCACACGGCCUUGGCAGCGUCUGCUGCUCUCCGGAUUUACUCUCCUCCCCUUCCCGCUCUCUUCCUCCCCUUUUCUUUUUUUAUCUCCUUUCUCUUCUCUUCUCCAUAUCCCUCUAUUUCUAAAACGUAGUAAAUAGAGAGAGAGAGAGAGAGGAGGAAGAAAAGACUCAAAAACUGAGAGCAAAAUAGCUGAGAGCUAGCUCUGCCUCUGGUUCACCCAACUAUGGAAUCAUUCAACUUGCUCAAGUACUGGAGGGGCGGUGGUGGAGCGGCUCUAGCCGCAGCAGCCGCCGCUAGCAUGCAGAGCACCGCCGCUUCCGCCACCACAACUACCGUCGCCACCUGUGUCCUCGACCCAUCUGCCGAGACCGACGACGAAGACGGCGGUGACGGCGACGAUGGCCCCUUCUUCGAUCUGGAGUUCGCCGUGCCGGAAGAAGACGGCGAGGGGGAGGAGGAGGAGGAAGGUGCAGAAGAGAAGGAUGGCUCUGCAGUGGCGGUGGAGGCGGAGGUAGACGAGGAGGAGGAGGAGAGGGAGUUCAAUUUCGCGGUGUCUUCAGAGGGUAGCUGUGGUGGCGACGGCGGCCUCCGGUCCGAUACCCUCUCGCCCUCCGACGAUCUCUUCUUCAAAGGCGAGCUCGUGCCGCUGGAGCCAUCCUCGAUCGUGAUCACCUCCUCCGAGGCCGAUCCCAAGCCCCAGUUCGCCGUCUCCCUUCUCAGGUCCGCCACCAAGUUACGGGUCUUCAUGUUAGGCCUACGGAAGGCUAAAUCUACACUGGUGGAGCCAAAUGGGGCUCCCGCCUCCCCGACCACCGCCGUGGCCGCGGAGGCGGUGGUGGCGUCGCCGAAGCAGCAUUCUCAGCCGCAGCAGAGCAGGUUCUUCAUUAAAUUUAAGGUGGAGGAGGUGCCGAUCAUCUCGCUCUUCACCCGCGACAACAGCUCCCGAAACUCCAGCAGUAGUAAAGCGGCGAAACCCCAAUUGGACUCCGCGGCGCCGCCGUCCUCUGCAGCAGCGGAGGACAAGAAGUUCUCCAAGGAAGUGGUACAGAAGUACCUUAACAAAAUCAAGCCGCUCUACAUUAGAGUAUCGAAGAGGUAUGCAGAGAAGCUGAGGUUCUCCGGGCAGCUGACUUCCGGUGGGGCAGCGGCGAAGAACGAAGGGGAGGAGACGGACGCAGAGCCGGAAGUGGCCGAGCCGGGGCCGCCACCGCCGGCGCCGCCUGCGGCGGUGGCCGUGGUGGCAACGGGAACGUCGAGCGGCGUUAAGGGCCAGAAGGUGAACGUGCCGGCGGGGUUGAAGGUGGUGUGCAAGCGGCUGGGAAAGAGCCGGUCGGCGUCGGCCGCCGUCGCAGCGGUCCCGUCACCGCCCCCUAAGAGGCGGGACGACUCGCUGCUCCAGCUGCAGGACGGGAUCCAGAGCGCCAUCGCGCACUGCAAGAAGUCGUUCAAUGCGGCCAAAGGGUCCGAGUCGCCGCUGGUGCGGUCCAAGAGCGAUCCGAGCGAUGGGAGGUCCGAUAAGAGCGACCGUGCUUGUUGAUUUUAUCCUCACCGUUGGAGUUUUGGCCAGGGACGCGAGAGGAAAAAAAAAAAAGGUCAGAUGUCUUUAGAUCUGUGCUUCUGUAGUCAAUAGUUAGAGCGGCGAAACAUCUCUUUUGGCCGCAGUGAAGUUGUGUUUCUUUCUCCUGGUUUCAAGAUUUUAAAUGGUGGUGCUUGUGUAAUUAUAUAUCUUCUAUUCUAUAAUCUAUUCGAACUUUUAUCUUGUGAUGUA